ACGGUGGAUCUAUAACUGUUAGUAAUAUCAUCCCUUUUCUCUUGCUAACAUCAAAUUUGUCAACACUAUGAGUGGCAUGUACAAAUGUCACCUUCCACGAAUUUCAUAAAGUGGUUCAAAUAAGAUGGUCUCCUUAAUAUUUUUCUUAAAUCAUAUUACAACCAUAAUUGGUCUUAUGUCAAAGACACUAUCUACAAGGAGUAUUUUGAAUAAGGAAGUCGUAUUUCUUGGUAGGUAUAUAUACAUAGAGCAUGCUUGUUCCAUCAAAUAAGAUGGCCUCCUUAAUAUUUUCUUAUACAAAUAGGUACUACCAUAAUUGGUCUUAUGUCAUAGACACUAUCUGCAAGAAGUAUUUUGAACGAGGAAGAUGUAUUUCUUGAUAGGUAUACACGUAGAGCAUGAUCCCAUCAAUGAAUUUCGUAUAGAUGUUCAAGAUCAAGAAAAUGAACAAGGCAAUCAAAGGAAUAGAACAGUCUUCGGUUUAUUACAAGGACUUCCAUCGAGGCUUUCAAAGUUUUUGGGAAUCAACCACAUUCGUGAACUGAAAAUGACCCACGUUGAAUUAGAAUUAAUGUUGUACUCCAUGUGUGACGUGAUAGAACUUUUAAAUCAUCAAGAAAUGAAGGAUGGCCUUGUGUACGAAGCAGUAUACAGUGCUGUCCAAAAUGGGACUGUUGAGAUCGUUAAAAUUCUCUGUAAAGCCAGACCAGAAUUAUUGUUCAGAGGCUUAGAAGACGGAAAGAACAUAUUUCAUUAUGCUGUUGAAUGCCGUCAAGAAAAUGUUUAUAACCUUAUAUACGGGGUUGAUAAAAGAAAUCUCAUUACGACUUUGAGAGAUAAUUCCGACAACAGCAUACUACAUUAUGCGGGGAUGUUAUCUCCAUUAGCAAGCAAAAAGCUUGAUGGUAUUGCAGGUGCAGCCUUGCAAAUGCAGAGAGAAAGGCAAUGGUACAAGGAGGUAGAGAGUAUUGUGGUUCCACUCUCGGGAGCCUCCAAUUUAAACAAAGAUGGUUUGACACCCCCUCAAUUAUUUACCGAGGAACACAAGGAGUUGCUCGAGGGUGGAGAAAGGUGGAUGAGAAGUGCAGCAAAAUCUUAUACAGUUGUCAAUGCCCUCAUUAUUACAAUCAUGUUUGCUGCAGCAUUCACAGUUCCUGGUGGAAACAACCAAGUAACAGGGUUUCCCAUAUUCUUAAAAGGAAAUGUAUUUAUGGUUUUUAUAGGUUCAGAUGCUAUUUCGCUCUUUUCUUCCGCAACUUCAGCAUUGAUAUUUUUGGGUAUCCUUACAUCGCGUUAUACUGAAGAUGAUUUCCUCAAAUCCUUACCCACAAAGAUGAUACUAGGCCUUUCCUCACUCUUGAUCUCCAUCGCCACCAUGAUGGUUGCCUUUUCUUCUGCCUUAUUCAUCAUGUUUCAGGAUAAAUCCUGGUUUACUUAUCCAUUCAUUUUCCUUGCUAAUAUACCUGUCACUUUAUUUAUUUGGAUGCAAUUUCCUUUGCUCGUUAAGAUUUUCAAGUCUACUUAUUGUGAACGAGUAGGAAAAUCAAACACUGGACAUAAAUUCUUGAUGGUUUAUGCGAUAUAUUAAUUGUGUAAUUGUAGUAAUGUAAUGUUUAUCACUUCUAAGAAAGCUUGUAUGCAUUGGACACACUAUUAAGUGUUUGGUUCCUAUAAUAAAAUCUCCAUUGUUCAAUUUUUUUUAUUUGUUCUCC